AUGGACGUAAGUGGAGAGGUGGCCUUGCCGAAGCCCCACGGGACACCCGCUGCCACCACCACUACAACGUCGACGGCCAGGCGGCUGGUGGACUUCUUCGCCGUGCUGCCGCCCGAGCUGGCGCUGUACGUGGUCUCCUUCUUGGGCCACCACGAGCUGUGCAUGCUCGCCCGGGUGUGCCACCUGUGCCGCGGCCUCAGCUACGACGACGAGAACUGGCGGCAGCUCUACAUUCGGACGUGGGCGCUACGCAGCACCAGUCGCGCCGAGGUGCAGCUGCCCCUAGAUCGCAAGAUGCUCGAGUGGGAAUAUUGCUCGAUCGAUGUCAACGCGAAAGACGAGGAGGAGGAGCAAGGAGGAGGAGGACAGGAGGAGAAGACUGCUGCCGGCAGCGACGGCGACGGCGACGGCGACCCGAACGAUGAUACGGACACGGCGAUGGACACGGACACCACGGGCACGGAGGCAGAGAAGGCGCACACGAAGACGCCUCCGCCGCCCAGGUCACCAAUACAAGUGCUCGGCAGGGGCAAGUACAAGGACAAGAAGCUGAUCAUUCCAGCCACCGCGCGGAAAUGGCUGUCGUGGGGCCACAUCCUCCAGAAGAAGGUCGACGAGCUGCGCAACCAGCGGAUGGAGGAAAAGAAGGCGGGCGCGGAGCGAACGGUCGAAUACUUGAAGCAAAAAAGUCGGUUUCACGAGACGGUCACCCGAUUGCUGGUGAUUGCGUGCGAGGAGUAUGCCUCGGCGGCCAGCGUGGCCUCUACGUCACCCAAGGACGACACGACACUCAGCACCCUCUAUGUGUCGACCAAUAAUUGGGGCAUUUCGCUGACGGAGCUGGCGAGGAUGAAGCACGGACCCGUAGCUGACAUGUACCGCCACCCUCGUCUCCCAACUCAUCCAUGCCUCUCCCUCCAUAAUCGAUAA